AAUAAGCAAAUGUUUUCUGAGGCUAAAGCUUUUAGUAAAUUUAAAACUCAAACCUUUCAGUGUAAUAUUCUCGUAAGCGCAUCUGCAUAUACAAAGUUAAUGCUUCACACUGCAAGAUACGAAGUUGAUGCUUUUUCACAAUAUGUCUUUGCUAACCCAUUU